AUGGCGAUCCAUGAUUUUCCUUCUUUGACCAUUUCCUUACAACAAAACAACCACUAUCAACCAGGCGAUCGUGUCAAAGGCACAGUCUCUAUUACUUCUUCUACAACAACACAACUCGAUAAACUACAACUCGUAUGGCGUGGAACUAUAAAGUCAACAAUUGGAUCAGAAAACGAGCAAUGCAUCGACCUCUUCCACGAGACUCGCCAAAUCGACCUCAAUGUAGUGCAUCGCAAUCCCACAGCGCCAGCAUUUGUUCUUGCGACAGCCCAAUCGCCACCCCCAUCGCCAUUGAUCGUCGAGGAGCAGAGCGAUCUGUUGUUUGAUCUCUAUCUUGUAAAGGGAAUGCCUAGCAGCUUGGAGGUAUCCGAACCACAAGCCAAAGUUCAAAUCAGCUACUCGAUAGAGGUUACUGGAUACUACAAGGACGAGCUUUUGCAUCAUCAACUCUAUGUACCGGUUGUAGCAACAAUGGGGCAACAUCAAAUAGACGAGCAAGAGGCUGAUCAGCAGCAGACAAAUGAAGUGGCCUAUCUUGUGGAAUCAUCAUCCAAUUCCCAUGAUCCAUGUAGAUCAGCAGCUAGGAUUACUGUACCAUGCAAGGUAAUCCCUCAAGGGAUGAUAUUGCCUGUGGUGGGUCAUAUUUGGCAUGAUCAUAGCCGUUCGCGGGAAAAGGUCAUCUCUCUUGGGUUGAUUCGAUACAUAACGAUUACUUGUCAUGGAAGAGAGGAAACGCUUGUGCACGAGAUGGAUACAGCCCAAUUUGAUCUGGAGCUUGUGGAACACCAGGAUUAUGCAGUACAAACACUCUCACAAACCCUGUGGAUCCCACCUGCAUGCAUACCAUCAAUGGAUACAUCAGCUGGACGUCUAGUCAAUGUCAAUUAUCAAGUUCGACUCAAGGUGGAUAUUGAGCCUGAUGCCGUGUAUCGACAUGCCGACAAUCAGCAUACAACAGAUACCAUGGCAGUGGAUGUACCUUUGAUUAUAUAUGCCAAGGGCAACGAUAUUGCUGCAGCACCUUCACCAUCAGCAUCCACGGAUACCCAACUCUCACAAUCGAUGUCACCACCAUCAUCAUCAUCUGUUGGAAGACUACGCAACAGUGUCAACCUUGGUAGCAAUGGCAAAGUGAGAGAACGAUUCAAGAGCAUGUUCAAAAAGCGUGAUUCUGCUCGACUAAACGCUUCGACAACGAUCGACACUAGCAACAAUACCAGCAAGCUCUCAUCAGCAACUUCACUUCGAGGUGCAUUUGGAUCCCUGAAAAUCAAAAGCAGUAACAACGUCAACAAUGAUAAUCGAGCAUCAUCCAUCAAUACGACUACGCCUUCUUCCUCACGCAAUUCAUCAGCUGCUGGAAGCUUGUCACCACCCCAUUCAUCCUCUUUACCUCCAAAAGCUUUUUCAAGUCUUCCUUUAUCUUCUCCAUCACCACCUCCGCCUCCUCCACAAUUAUCCUUCUCAACACCUGAACCUAUAUCGCAAGAUGAUACGACACCAACAAUGCCACCUUCGUUGCCUAUUUUACGAUCCCUUUCCAUCAAGCAUCCAUCUUCCGCGGAACGAUCCACAUUGCAGAUGAUGACAUCAACAACGGCAACCACGGAACCAGUUCCACCCAUACCAUUAGUGGAAGGUGGCGGUGUAUAUACUUUUCACAUAUUCGCAGAUUCAUCGGACGAAGAAGACAAUGUGGGGGAAGAAUCCAAGAUUCAGGGAACACAAGCAUCGUCAUUGUCUCGGCCAGGUUCCUUUCUUAGCAGUGUGGGAAAACAAGGGUCCCUUGAUACAACGUCGUAUAAUCAAUACAACGAGGAGGAAAAUGGCAAACAAGAUGUUGAUGGUAGCGAUACCGAGGAUACCCAAAUUUACACCGUGUCAAGUUCAGGCAUUGGAAAAUUGGAUCAGGUCAGCGAAAGUAGUGACGAUGAUGAAGACCCAGGAGAGAACUCUUCCGAGGAAGAAGACGACAAUGAUUUGCUGAGCCUAUUAGCAAAACGAGAGCGCCGGAUUGAAAGAAAAAAGGAACGUGGAUCUCCCAGCAAUAGACAAAGACGAUAA